AUGUCCGAAUUUAUUUUAGCUUUUCUGACCAUAUCGGGAUUAUUUCCAAUCGCCAAGGUGCUGACCACCGUAGGCGCAGAUCAAGGUACAGAGGAGUUGCCAGUGAAGUGUCCUCUUAACCACAUGCAGUGCGCCGGCACAAGGCGGUGCAUUCACUUUAAUAAACUCUGCAAUGGGGUGAUAGACUGUGAAGAUGGCUUCGAUGAAGGGGUGCACUGUCGAGAGCUCCUGCCAAAUUGUCACGCGCUGCGGUGUCAGUACGGCUGCGUCAUGACGAGAUACGGGACAUUUUGCUUCUGUGCAGACGGCUUUGAGGUGGAGAGGGACGGGCGGACCUGCACAGAUUAUGAUGAAUGCUCUGCGUAUGGGAUAUGUAGCCAGACCUGCAUGAACACCUAUGGGUCCUAUCGAUGCAGCUGUACAGAUGGCUACAUCAUGCAGUCUGACAGAAGGUCCUGCAAAGCCAAAAAUGAGCCUGGCGACAGACCUCCUGUUCUCUUGAUCGGAAACUCGGAUCGCAUCACCGUCACGUACCUGAACGGAUCCUCGGUCCCAACAGCAAAGUCACGGAACACUAAUGGAACGAUAGCGCUGGACUUCAACCACAACAAAGAGUCUGUUUGCUGGGUCACAUCCAGCGAGUCCUCAAGCCGGCUAUGGUGCGCCGAGAUGACGAAGCUGAAAGGCUUUUCAGAGGAGCGGGAAAUUAAAAUUGGACAGAAUCUGCAAAAUGUGGAGCAAAUGGCCAUAGACUGGCUAACCGGCAACUUCUACUUUGUGGACCGAGUCAGCGACCGAAUAUUUGUGUGUAACCAAGGUGGAGAGACGUGCAUCACAAUCAUUGAUCUGGACCUCCAGAACCCUAAAGGAAUUGCCCUGGAUCCCCUGAUGGGGAAGCUUUUUUUCACCGACUACGGGGGCACAGCUAAAGUGGAGCGAUGUGACAUGGACGGCACCAACAGAACCCGCAUAGUGGAUCACAAAACGGAGCAACCCACAGCGCUCACACUGGACCUGGUGAAGAAGCUGGUUUACUGGGCCGACGCCUACCUGGACUACAUCGAAGUUGUAGAUUACAGUGGGAGAAACAGACACACUAUCAUUCAUGGGACGUCUGUGUCCUACCUUUACGGAUUAUCCAUCUUUGAAGAUUACCUGUUUGCGACACACUCAGAACCCUCUGGAGGAACUAAAGUGGACAUUUUACAGAUAAACCGCUUUAAUAUCACAGACCCACAUACAUUAACCAGUAUGGAGAAUUCAAGAGUUAUCCGUGUUUAUCACAAACUAACUCAGCCAACAGUCAGAAGUCAUGCGUGCGACGCUGACCCAUACGGGAGGGCCGGGGGAUGCGCUCACAUCUGCUUACUCGCCGGCAGCUACAAGUCCAGAACCUGCCGCUGCCAGACAGGCUUCGUCCUGGGAAGUGACGGGAAGUCUUGCAAAAAGCCGAAGAAUGAGCUCUUCCUGUUUUACGGGAAAGGGCGCCCAGGGGUCAUCAGGGGCAUGGAUAUGAACAUCAAGUCCGGUGAUGAGCACAUAGCACCAAUCGAGGACCUGGUGAACCCACGUGCUCUGGACUUCCAUGCCGAAACCGGCUACAUUUACUUCGCUGACACCACCAGCUUUUUGAUCGGCCGGCAAAAAAUUGACGGCAGCGGUCGAGAAACAAUACUCAAAGAUGACCUUGAUAACGUAGAGGGGAUUUCGGUGGACUGGAUUGCAAAUAACCUGUACUGGACAAAUGACGGCUACCGAAAAACGAUCAGCGUGGCCCGACUGGAGAAGGCAUCCCAGACCAGGAAAACCCUCCUGGAGGGGGAUAUGUCACACCCCCGUGCCAUUGUGGUAGAUCCCCUGAAUUGCUGGAUGUAUUGGACGGACUGGGAAGAAGAUGAAGUGAAUGACAGCAUAGGGAGAAUUGAGAAGGCCUGGAUGGACGGGUCUAAUCGACAGAUAUUCGUCACUUCGAACAUGCUCUGGCCCAACGGUCUAACGCUGGACCACGGGACAAGCACUAUGUACUGGUGCGAUGCAUACUACGAUCACAUCGAGAAAAUCUUCCUUAACGGCACUGGCAGAAUGGUGGUGUAUAAUGGCAAAGAGUUAAAUCACCCAUUUGGUAUUUCCCAUUACCGGGACCACAUCUUCUGGACGGAUUACAUGAACGCCUCUAUUUUCCAACUGGAUCUGUCGACUGGGGAUGUUACGCUAAUGAGGAGCGAGAGACCGCCUCUCUUCGGGCUCCGGGUGUACGACGCCCAAAGUCAGCAAGGAGACAAUGCGUGCCGUGUGAACUAUGGAGGCUGUGGUACGCUGUGUCUGGCUAUCCCUGGGGGCCGAGUAUGUGCAUGUGCUGACAACCACCACCUGGAGAAGAACAACGUCACCUGUUCUAGUAGGCCACGAGAUUCAGGGCCACGGCGGUGUAAGAGCGAGGAGUUUCAGUGCCGGAAUGAGCACUGCAUCCAGCUUACAUGGAAGUGUGACGGGGACGAUGACUGUAUGGACGGCAGUGAUGAAGACCCGCACAUCUGCUCUAACCGUAGUUGCCCUGCUGACCAAUUCAAAUGCCCGAACAACCGCUGCAUUCCCAAGAGAUGGCUGUGUGACGGAACCAAUGACUGUGGAAAUAAUGAGGAUGAGUCCAACAUUACUUGCUCAGCUCAGACAUGCCAGCCCAGCCAGUUCUCCUGUCAGAACGGGCGCUGCAUCCCAGAGACCUGGCGCUGCGAUAGGGAUGAUGACUGCGGGGACCGCUCAGAUGAAAUGGCCUCGUGUGCUUUCCCCACCUGUGAACCUCUCACCCAGUUCAGCUGUUCCAAUGGGAGAUGCAUCAGUGUCAAGUGGCACUGUGACUCCGAUGACGACUGCGGGGAUGGUAGUGAUGAGACGGGCUGUGUCCACUCCUGCUCCAACUCACAGUUCCAGUGUGCCAGUGGGCGGUGUAUCCCACAUCACUGGGCCUGUGAUGGGGACAACGACUGCGGCGACUUCAGUGAUGAGAAUGCCACCUGUUCUGCAGCAGCUCAGUCUCCUGUUAGUGACUGCACUGGGGAAGAGUUUUACUGUCGCGCUGAUGGCACCUGCAUCCCAGAACGAUGGCGAUGCGACGGGGACAAAGAUUGUGAGGAUGGGAGCGAUGAGGUCACUUGUGAAGGAACCCGCAGGGUCUGCGACCCCAAGGCCAAGUUCACCUGCAGAGCCUCUGGCAAGUGCAUUAGUAAGAACUGGGUCUGUGAUGGGGACAAUGACUGCGAGGACCUCUCCGAUGAGGAGAACUGCGAGGUGUCCGUCUGCAAGCCACCAAAGUACCCCUGCGCCAACAACACAUCCGUCUGCCUGCAGCCGGAGAAGAUCUGCAACGGGAGGAUGGACUGCGCUGACCAAUCAGAUGAGGGCCCAUUCUGUGACAAGUGCUCAUUGGAUAAUGGAGGCUGCAGUCACCAGUGUGCAGUGGCCCCUGGGAAGGGCAUCGUCUGCUCUUGUCCAGCGGGGCUCCACCUCAUCGCCGACAACAGGACCUGCGAGACAGUGGACUACUGCACCAAGCACCUCAGAUGCAGCCAGGUGUGCGAGCAGUACAAGGCUACAGUCAAGUGCUCCUGUUACCCUGGCUGGAGGCUGGGCCCGGAUGGGGAGGACUGCCAGAGCACUGAUCCCUUUGAAGCCUUCAUCAUUUUUUCUAUACGGCAUGAAAUCAGACGGAUAGACCUUCACAAACGAGACUACAGUCUUCUUCUCCCUGGCUUGAGAAACACAAUCGCUCUGGACUUCCACUUUAAUCAGAGCUUGCUGUACUGGACAGAUGUUGUGGAAGAUAAAAUUUACAGAGGAAAGCUCACAGAUGCCGGAGGUGUGACAGGAAUCGAAGUUGUGGUCCAGCAUGGAUUGGCUACUCCAGAGGGGCUGGCAGUGGACUGGAUUGCUGGGAACUUCUACUGGAUCGACAGUAAUCUGGACCAAAUCGAAGUGGCCAAGCUGAACGGAGGCAUGAGGACAACACUGAUCGCGGGGGGCAUGGAGCACCCGAGGGCAGUGGCCCUGGACCCUGGGCACGGAAUCCUCUUCUGGACGGACUGGGAUGCCACCUUUCCUCGGAUUGAAGGGGCCUCGAUGAGCGGUGCUGGAAGGCACGUGGUUUUCAAAGACAUGGAAAUAGGAGCGUGGCCAAACGGACUGACCUUGGAUCAUCUGGAGAAGAGGAUAGUGUGGACAGACGCCCGCUCCGACGCCAUUUUUUCGGCCCUGUACGACGGGAGCGGGGUCAUCGAGAUCCUGAGAGGGCACGAGUACCUUUCGCAUCCCUUCGCCGUCUCCCUGUUCGGGGGCAGCGUGUACUGGACAGACUGGAGGACCAACACCCUGGCCAAGGCCAACAAGUGGACGGGUCGGAACGUGACGGUAAUCCAGAAGACCAGCGCCCAACCAUUCGACCUGCAGAUCUACCACCCCAGCCGGCAGCCGCAGGCCUCGAACCCGUGUGCGACAAACGAAGGUAGAGGCCCAUGCUCCCACCUGUGCCUCAUCAACUACAAUCGCACUGCUGCCUGUGCAUGCCCUCACCUAAUGAAACUGUCCUCCAACAACAGAACCUGCCUUGUGCUGAAGAGAUUCCUUCUGUAUGCGAGACGCUCAGAGAUCCGCGGGGUGGACAUUGACAACCCCUACCUGAACAUCAUGACAGCACUGACAGUCCCAGACAUUGACAAUGUCACGGUGGUGGACUACGACACUCUGGAGGAGCGAAUUUAUUGGACGGACGUCAAAACCCAGACCAUAAAGCGGGCCUUCAUAAACGGAACUGGUUUGGAAACAGUUGUGUCUGGAGACCUACUAAAUGUCCGUGGGCUUGCUCUGGACUGGCUGUCACGGAAUAUGUACUGGAUAAGCUCGGAGAACGAUGAGACGCAGAUAAACGUUGCCCGUUUGGAUGGGUCUCUCAAAACCUCUGUCGUUCACGGGAUCGAUAAGCCCAAGUGUCUUGUUGUGCACCCAUCAAAGGGGAAAAUCUACUGGACCGAUGGCAACACUAUAAACAUGGCAAACAUGGACGGGAGCAACAGUAAAAUUCUGCACCAGAACCAAAGAGAACCAGUUGGUCUGUCAAUAGACCACGCUGCAAACAAGCUCUACUGGAUCAGCUCUGGUAACGGCACCAUCAACAGGUGCAACCUGGACGGCAGCAGCAUGGAGGUCAUAGAGUCCAUGAAGGCGGACCUGACAAAAGCCACAGCACUGGCAGUCAUGGGUGGCAAGCUGUGGUGGGCGGACGACAGUUCAGCCCAAAUGGGGACUGUCACGAAGAGGGAUGGACGGAACCCUGUGGUUUUGAGGAACAAGACCAGCGGGGUGGUGCACAUGAAAGUGUAUGACAAGGAGGGACAGAAAGGGAGGAACCCGUGUCAGCUCAACAAUGGUGGCUGCUCUCAGCUGUGCUUCCCGACGUCCGAGAACACUCGCAGCUGCUCCUGUACGGUGGGCUACCACCUGCGCAGCGAUCGCGUGUCUUGUGAAGGCAUCGGGUCAUUCCUGAUGUACUCUAUUCAUGAGGGAAUCCGAGGAAUCUCGCUGGACCCCACUGACCACACAGAGGCAUUGAUGCCAGUUAGUGGCACGCUGUUUGCUGUGGGCGUCGACUUUCAUGCAGGGAAUGACACAAUCUACUGGACAGACAUGGGCUUAAACAGAAUAUCCAGAGCAAAACGGGAUCAAACCUGGAAAGAGGACAUCGUCACCAAUGGCAUCGGCCGAGUGGAGGGGAUUGCAGUGGAUUGGCUUGCUGGUAACAUCUAUUGGACAGACCAUGGCUUCAACCUCAUCGAGAUUUCUAGACUGAAUGGUCAGUACCGAUCCGUGGUCAUCUCCCAGGGGCUUGACCAGCCAAGAGCCAUCGCUGUCCAUCCAGUCAAAGGCUACAUGUUCUGGACUCAAUGGGGUCAGACCUCAUGCAUCGGAAGGGCACGCCUAGAUGGCUCAGAACAGGUUGUGCUGGUUAGCUCCGGCAUUGCCUGGCCAAACGGGAUCUCCAUUGACUAUGAGGAAAACAAAUUAUACUGGUGCGAUGCUCGCACAGACAAGAUAGAGAGGAUCAACCUUGAGAGUGGGGAAAGCCGGGAGAUUGUGCUGUCAGCGAGCAACGUGGACAUGUUUUCAGUGGCAGUCUUUGGGGCUUACAUCUACUGGUCUGACAGGGCACACGCCAAUGGCUCCAUUCGGAGAGGACUAAAAAACGACGCUACAGAGGCCCUGACCUUGAGGAGUGGACUGGGCGUCAACCUGAAGGAUGUGAAAAUCUUUAACAGAGGCCGGGAGAAAGGUACAAACCCUUGUGCUAAGAAUAACGGGGGCUGUCAGCAGCUGUGCUUCUACCUGGGCAACGGGAGGAGAAAAUGUGCGUGCGCUCAUGGCUACCUGUCCGAGGGAGGGCUCACCUGUCAGAGGUACGAGGGCUACCUCCUGUACUCCGAAAGGACCAUCCUGAAGAGCGUCCACCUCUCGGACGAGAACAACCUCAACUCGCCCGUCAGGCCCUAUGAGAACCCCACCUACUUCAAGAACGUCAUCGCCUUGGCCUUCGACCAUCGGCAGAAGGCUGCGGGAGUCAACCGCAUCUUCUUCAGCGACGUCCACUUUGGGAACAUCCAGGUCAUCAACGAUGACUGGACGGGUCGACGGAUCAUUGUCGAAAAUGUGGGUUCGGUUGAGGGCCUGGCAUACCACCGGGCCUGGGACACACUGUACUGGACGAGCUCCACCACGUCCACCAUCACCCGGCACACCAUCGACCAGAGCCGGCGCGGAGCCUUCAACAGGGAGGCUGUGGUCACCAUGUCAGAGGAGGACCACCCACAUGUCCUUGCACUGGACGAGUGUCAGAACUUGAUGUUUUGGACUAACUGGAAUGAACAGCGUCCUGCCAUCAUGAGGUCAACAUUGGUGGGAAACAACAUGCAAAUCAUUGUUAGCACGGAUAUCCUUACCCCUAAUGGACUCACCAUUGACCACAAAGCAGAGAAGCUCUACUUCUCAGAUGGAAGUCUGGGGAAAAUCGAAAGGUGUGAAUAUGACGGAUCUCGCAGAUAUGUGAUUGUGAAGGCAGGGCCGGGAACCUUUUUCGGCCUGGCUAUUUAUGGCGACUUCAUCUUUUGGUCAGAUUGGGUGCGGAGGGCAGUGAUACGCUCCAAUAAGUACACAGGUGGUGACAUGAAAGUGCUCCGAGCGGACAUUCCGCACCAGCCAAUGGGAAUAGUCGCUGUGGCCAAUGACACCAACAGCUGUGAAUUGUCUCCCUGCCGGGUGAUGAAUGGGGGGUGCGGUGACCUUUGCCUUUUGACCCCAAAUGGCAUGGUCAACUGCAGCUGCAGGGGAGAGCGCGUGCUGCUGGAUGAUAACAGAUGUGUGUCCGAGAACUCUUCCUGCAACAUCCACACAGAGUUUGAAUGCGGGAACGGCGAGUGCAUCGACUAUCAGUUAACGUGUGAUGGAAUAGCUCAUUGCAAAGACAAGUCGGAUGAGAAAAUGCAAUUCUGUGAUAACAGGAACUGCAGGAAGGGCUUCAAGCCCUGCUACAACCAGCGCUGUGUGGCCAACAGUCGGUUCUGUGAUGGAGUAGACGACUGCGGGGACAAUUCAGAUGAAGCGUUUUGCAACAACUCAACGUGCACACCUUCUGAAACGCGGUGCCAGGACGGGGCCUGCAUCUCGAAUUCCGCCUGGUGCAAUCAGAUCAUCGACUGUGCAGACGCCUCCGAUGAAAAGAACUGCAAUAACACGGAUUGCACGGAUUACUACCAGCUGGGGGUGAAAGAGCGCGGAUUCGUCAGCUGCAACAGCACCUCGCUCUGCGUCCACACCUCCUGGGUCUGCGAUGGGGCCAACGACUGUGGGGAUUAUGCAGAUGAGGCCAACUGCCUGGCGGUUUCCCCCGGAAACAGGUGUGAGGAUGGCCACUUCGCCUGCCCCAGCGGAAACUGCAUCUCCAGCGUGUGGCUCUGUGACGGCCAGAAGGACUGCGAGGAUGGAGCCGAUGAGUUCCAGUGCGACUCCUCUUGCCUGUGGAACCAAUUUGCCUGCUCCAAGAACAAGUGCAUUGCUAAACAGUGGCUGUGUGACGGAGAGGACGACUGCGGCGACGGAGUAGACGAAAGCGAGGAGAUCUGUGGCUCCGUGACUUGUGCUCCUGGGCUGUUCAACUGUCCUGGAUCCUAUGCCUGUGUACCAAAACGCUGGCUUUGUGAUGGAGAGAGGGACUGUCCCGAUGGCAGUGAUGAGCUCUCUGCAGCCGGCUGUGCACCCAACAACACCUGCGAUGAGAAGGCCUUCCGGUGCCGCAACAAGGCCUGCAUCCCCAAGCGCUUUGUGUGCGACCACGACGACGACUGCGGUGACGGGUCUGACGAGUCCCUUGAAUGUGUGUACCGCUCCUGUGGCUCGGGGGAGUUCCGUUGCGCAGACGGGAGGUGCCUGCUCAGCGCGCAGUGGGAGUGCGACGGGUACCCCGACUGUCUGGACCACUCCGACGAGCUCCCACUGAACCCAAAGUGCUCAGCUGCAGAAAGCCUAUGCAAUGGCUCCUUCUUCAUGUGCGCCAACGGGCGCUGCAUCACCCUCGGGAGUCUCUGCGACAAAAAGGACGACUGUGGGGACCGUUCGGAUGAGUACAACUGCAAUGUGAAUGAGUGCCUAAACCGCAGAGUGAGCGGAUGCACUCAGGAGUGCCAGGAUCUCCCCGUGGGAUACAAGUGCAAAUGUUGGCCAGGAUUCCGGCUGAAGGAUGAUGGGAAAACCUGUGUCGACAUUGAUGAGUGUUCAUCCAGCUUCCCCUGCAGCCAGCACUGCAUCAACACAUACGGCUCGUACAAGUGUCUGUGCACAGAUGGCUACGAAGCGCCAGCCAGCAAUCCAAAUACCUGCAAGUCUCUCUCAGCUGAAGAGCCCUUCCUCAUACUUGCAGACCAUCACGAGAUACGUAAAAUUAGUGUAGACGGGUCCAAUUACACUCUUUUGAAACAGGGCCUAAAUAACAUCGUGGCCAUAGACUUUGACUACAGGAAGGAGUUUAUCUAUUGGAUUGACUCAAGCAGACCCAGCGGGCGCAGGAUAAAUAGAAUGCGUCUGAAUGGGAGUGACCUCAAGAUUGUCCACCGCACUGCGGUGCCCAGUGCGCUGGCUGUGGACUGGAUCGGGAAGAACUUAUACUGGUGUGAUGCAGAGAGGAUAACCCUAGAGGUGUCCAAGGUCAAUGGCCUGUACCCCACUGUCCUUGUGGGCUCGGGGCUGAGGAACCCCAAGAACCUGGCUCUGGACACUCAGACUGGGUACGUUUUCUGGAUUGACUGCUGUGACUACCCCCAUAUUGGCCGUGUUGGCAUGGAUGGCAGCCACCGAACUGUGAUUGUUGACACCGAAAUCUACAGCCCUACGGCCUUAGCCAUCGACUACACCAACAAGAGGCUGUACUGGGCUGAUGAAAACCACAUCCUGUUUGCGAACAUGGACGGAUCCCGACGACACAAGGUGCCUAAUCAAGACAUCCACGGCGUGAUGGGGCUGACGCUGUUUGAGGAUUACAUCUACUGGACUGAUGGGAAAUCCAAGACCCUCAACCGUGCUCACAAAACCUCAGGGGCCCAGAGGGCAGAGCUGCUGAGCACUUGGCAAACCAUCACCGACAUCAAGGUGUACCAUCCUUUCCGCCAGCCUGACGUGCCCAAACACCAGUGUCAGGUGACCAAUGGAGGAUGCAGCCACCUCUGUCUCCUGUCCCCUGGGGGUGGAUACAAAUGCGCCUGUCCCACCAACUUUUACCUCGGUGCGGACAACAAGACCUGCUUAUCCAACUGCACAGCCAGUCAGUUUCGAUGUGGUACAGAUGAGUGCAUUCCUUUCUGGUGGAAGUGUGACACGGUGGAUGACUGUGGCGAUGGGUCCGACGAGCCUCCAGACUGCCCGGAAUUCAAAUGUCAGCCGGGGCGAUUCCAGUGCGGGACUGGUCUCUGUGCUCUACCCCCCUUUAUAUGUGAUGGAGAGAAUGACUGUGGAGAUAACUCUGAUGAGGCUAACUGCGACACAUACAUCUGUCUGUCCGGGCAGUUCAAAUGCACCAAGAAGCAGAAGUGCAUCCCUCUGAACCUGCGCUGCAAUGGCCAAGAUGACUGUGGAGAUGGCGAGGAUGAACUUGACUGUCCGGAAAGCACUUGCUCCCAGGAUCAGUUUCAGUGUAAGACCACAAUGCACUGCAUCUCUAAAUUGUGGGUUUGUGAUGAGGACCCAGACUGUGCUGAUGGCUCGGAUGAGGCCAACUGUGAUGAAAAGACCUGUGGACCUCAUGAAUUCCGCUGCAAGAAUAACAACUGCAUCCCGGAUCACUGGAGGUGUGACAGUCAGAGCGAUUGCGGAGACCACUCGGAUGAGGAGAACUGCAAGCCGGUGACCUGCAGCUCAAAGGAUUUCGUUUGUGCCAAUGGGGAGUGCAUCUCUGCACGGUUCCGCUGUGAUGGCGACUACGACUGCGUUGACAAUUCAGACGAGAAAGACUGCGAGACACGAUGCUCUGAAGACCAGUUCCAGUGCCUGAAUAAUCUGUGCAUCUCGCUCAAGUGGCUCUGUGACGGACAGGAGGACUGCAAAACGGGGGAGGAUGAGAGCAACUGUGGGGGAGGCACUGAAGUCGUUCCGUCCUGCUCCUUGAAUGAGUAUGACUGCGUCACUGGAGGCUGUGUGUCAGCCAAUCUGCGGUGUGACGGAAAAGAGGACUGCACAGACGGCUCAGAUGAGGUGGAUUGUGUACGGGAGUGCAGGGAGGACCAGUUCCUGUGCCGGAACCGGGCCUAUUGCAUCCCACAGAGAUGGCGCUGCGAUGAGGUGUACGACUGUGUGGACCACAGCGAUGAAGAAAACUGCGACCACGGGGCAUACUCAUGCCGUGCCGACGAGUUUAUUUGCAACAACACCUUGUGUAAACUGCACGUGUGGGUGUGUGAUGGCGAGGAUGACUGUGGAGACAACUCUGAUGAAGAUCUCGAGAUGUGUGCCAAGCUGCCCUGCCCACCGACAAGGCCCUACCGCUGCCGUAACGACCGGGUCUGUCUGCGCACGGAACAGGUGUGCAACAGCGUGGAUGACUGCGGGGACAACUCUGAUGAGGAAGAGUGCGAGGGCACGGUGGGGAGAUCCAGGCCGUGCGGGAAGGCGGAGUUCACCUGCAGGAGCCAGCGCUGCAUCUCAGCAGAUCUGCAAUGCGACCUGUUCGAUGACUGUGGAGACGGGGGCUCCGAUGAGCUCGACUGCAAAGCCUUUCCCAGUGAAGAUUUAUGCAAAGGGAGAAUGAAUCCUUGUGGUGAAGACGCAGUCUGCAAUCAAACAAAUGUUGAUGUGAUUUGUCAGUGCAAACCAGGAUUCCAGAGAAAUCAAAGGAAUAAACAGUGCGAAGAAGUGAAUGAAUGCCUUCAGUUUGGCACUUGUUCGCACUAUUGCACUAAUACUAAAGGAUCCUACAAGUGCACAUGUGACAGGAAUUACAAAGAAAUUGGUGGCGAAUGCAGAGCAAAAGGACCAGAAGAUCGAGUGCUCUACAUAGCUAAUGACACUGAAAUCCGAGGUUUUGUGUAUCCAUUUAACCAGAGCCAUGGACACAAACAACUAGCUCGCAUCGAGGACAAUGCCCGAAUUAUUGGGAUGGACGCUCUGUUUCAAGGACACAAGUUUAUCUGGGCUACCCAGUUUAAUCCAGGUGGAAUUUUUUACAAAGACCUCAUAGACAGAAGUCAAACUAAAACAAAUAGUGGAAUCAUAUGUCCAGAUUUUCGAAGGCCAAGGGACGUGUCAGCCGACUGGGUGACGGGGAAUAUCUACUGGACGGAUCAUUCGCGGAUGCACUGGUUCAGCUAUUAUACAGCCCAUUGGACAAGGCUAAGAUAUUCCAUUAAUGUAGGGCGACUUGGGGGAUCCAAUUGCACUCGUCUGGUAACAGACAUCGCAGGGGAGCCUUAUGCCAUUGCUGUCAACCCAGUUCGAGGGAUGAUGUACUGGACAGUCAUUGGUGACCACUCUCACAUCGAAGAGGCGGCCAUGGAUGGGUCUGCACGCAGAGUCCUGCUGGAUAAGAACCUCCGGAGGCCCACAGGGCUGGCGAUUGAUUAUUUCAACCAGCGUUUGUACUGGGCCGAUGUGGAGCUUUCUGCCAUAGGGAGCGUGCGAUUGGAUGGGUCUGAUUCUCUGCUGGUCGAUAGCAGCAAACAUGGAAUAUCCCAGCCUCACAGAAUAGACAUAUUUGAAGACUAUAUCUAUGGAGUUGGGCUGAAAAAUGAUGUUUUCAGAGUUCACAAAUAUAACAAAGGACCCGUGGAACGCCUUGAUUUAGGAGUGGAGAAAGCAUCAAACAUCUUGAUUUUUCAUCCAUUCAAACAGCAAGAGGUCACAAACCCCUGCCUGAAGAUGAAAUGUGACUUCCUGUGUCUGCUGAACCCAACUGGUGCCACCUGCGUCUGUCCUGAGGGGAAGGCCCUGGUUAACGGAUCCUGUGGAGACACCAACGUCUCAGGUGAGCUCUGCCGGCCAGCGUGUGAGAACGGAGGGAGGUGCACAGCCAACGAGAGAGGGGACUGGCGGUGCUACUGCUGGCCCAACUUCUCUGGGGAGCAGUGUGAAGUCAACCACUGCAAGGACUACUGUCAGAACGGAGGAACGUGCACUGGGUCACCUCUAGGGAGGCCCACAUGCCGCUGUGCUGUAGGGUUUACGGGACCCUUCUGUGAGAAGCGGAUCUGUGACAAUUACUGCCUGAACGGGGGCACCUGCGACGUCAGCCUUGGGAACCAGCCGGUGUGCCGAUGCCUGGCGGAGUACACCGGGGACCGCUGUCUCAACCACAUCUGCCACCACUACUGCGUGAACUCCAGGGCAUGCACACUGUCCAGCAGCGGCCAUGUGGAGUGCGUGUGUCCCACGAGGUACGAGGGCAACAAAUGUGAGGUGGACAAGUGUCUCCGGUGCCAUGGGGCCCCUUGCAUCGUGGACCACGAGACCGGGGACGUGUCCUGCAACUGCACCAAUGGCAGAAUAGCAUCCAGCUGCCAGCUGUGUGAUGGUUACUGCUAUAAUGGCGGCACCUGCCAUCUUGACUCUGAGACUCACCUGCCAUUCUGUCACUGCACGGCCGGGUUCAAAAACCAGCGCUGUGACGAGCGGGCAAAUCCGUGCGAUUACUACUGUCAGAACGAGGGGAUUUGCACGUUAACCACCUUUAACAAACCCCGGUGCAAGUGUUCUGCCAACUGGUCCGGGACGCAGUGUGAGAGGCCAGCACCCAAGAGCAGCCGCUCCGAUAACACCAGUGGGAGAAGUAUAGCCAUCAUUGUCCCUCUCGUCCUUCUUGUGAUCUUAAUCACCACUGUGGUGGCAGGCGUCCUUAUUUGCAAAAGGAGGCAGAGAGGCAAGAGGGUGCAGAGGCAGCCAAUGACCAAUGGAGGGCUGAACGUAGAGAUCGGCAACCCCUCAUACAACAUGUACGAGGUCGACCAUGACAACCACGCAGACGCCGGCAACCUUCUGCAUCCCAACUUCACACUGGACCCGCAUAAGGGCUGGUGUGUAAGAUCCAGUGAUCCUCGCAGUGUGCCCGUUCACAUUGUCCCCAAGGAGAUUAUUCCAGGACAGCCCAUAAACUACUCCAACCCCAUGUAUGCCAAGAUUUACCUUGAUGGACAGAACUGUCGAAAACCAAUGGUGAACAUUGAGGAGAGAAGAGAGCUACUCCCAAAGAAACUGGAGGGGACAAUUCGUGAAACAGCUGCGUAGACUGAUUUUACACUCUUUUCUUCUUUUAUACGAUCUGUAUAAAUGUACAAAUGAAAGGGAAAAAAGAUUUUUCUAUGUCCUGUCAGGUUCUGAUAAUCCCUUUUCCUUCUGUUUCUUUGGCAUCAGCAUUACCUCCUUGUUUCA